AUGGUGCCAGAUGACCAGAUGCAUACGUACCAACAAGAAGGUAUGGACGAGUACGUCCUGAAGGUCGACGGCGAGGAGGACGCCCGGGGAUUCCGGGGGGCCCCAGACGCCCCGGAGUGCCAGCUCAUCCUGGGCACCCCGAGCGCCCCCAGGGACGAGGGCUUCAACGAGCUCCUGCCGCUCCUCGACCAGCUGCGCGGCUGCGGCCUGGAGGUGCUGCCGCUGGAGGAGCAGCCGGACGAGGUCCUCUUCGACGGCGACUUCGACCGGAUCAUCUGGAAGGAACGCCAGUGGAUCAAGCAUCUGGACAAAAUGGAGUGGGUCUCCUACCAGUUGCACGUGGACACCGAGGAUGCCAUGGUGAAGAGAGUGACAUCGAAGGCGCCCAGGGCGGAUGAGACCGUGAUCAUGACGGAGCCGGAGGCAGCGCCCGAACCGUUCGGCACAGCGACUGCAUACGCCAUCGGCGACACUGUGGAGUAUUGGUCUAAGACCACGAACUCGUGGUUAGGUGCGAGGGUCAUGGACAUCAGAGGCCAGCCUUUCCACAGCGAGGAGCACGGCAUGAACGUCUUCACGUACGACCUUUUCGUCAAGGCCGCCGGACAGCGCGUGCCCAACGCGGACAUGAAGGACCUGCGCUUGCCGUUCAGCGUGAGUGAGAAGGUGAGCGUGUUCUCCAAGAAGCACGGGGACUGGUACCCGGCCACCAUACAUGCGGCGCCGAAGGAGGCGCCGCAGGACCCGAGGCUCGGGUACGACAUCGUGCUGGAGCCCAGCGAGCUCAAGACGGACAUGCUGGAGCACGCCAGGCAGCUCAAGGCCCAGAAGGAGCUCCAGGGGAACCAGUACGAGGGGAGGCCAGGCCGCGGAAGCCGCAGGUUGAGGAACAGCGGCGAUCAGGACGUCGCUGGCAGCGCGGAGCUCGACUCGGUGCCGCCGGUGGCCCCGCUCGGCGGCGCCGCCGAGCGGGCGAGCAGCAGGCCGCCGCAGGUCCCGCCGCUGCCCCUCGGACAGGAGGACGGCAACGGCAGCCUCGGCAUCAGCCCCGAGGACGGCCCGAUGCCGGAGGAGGACCUGCCCGUGCUCAAGAACAUGCCCGGCAAGCGCUUGCGGAGGCGCUUCGACGGCGGCAUGCCCGUGCAGGUGUACCUGGGAGCGGAGCAGGGCUUCCUCACGGGCACGGUCGUGGGGUCCGCGGGCGGGCCAGAGCCCAGGCAGAGGGGAGGUCGGGCCCACGGCGCCUUCUUCGAGACGGCGCCCGCCUUGGUGGUGCGGGGCAGCCGUCUCCCCAGCAUUGACCACGAGGUAAUGAGCUUCUGGUUCCUGGUGAGCUUCGGGGUUCACGGCGUAGUGGAGAGCCGCGGGGACUACCGUCACUGCGCACGCGAACUGGAGCUGAUGUUGGAUCGGGUCGGCUUCAGCAGUCUCGACGUGCAUGGCGUAGUGGAGAGUCGAGGGCACUACCAUCAAAGCGCACGUGCUCUCGAACUGCAGCAAGACCAGUACCACGCCAAACUCGAGGUCGGCAGCGACGGCAGAGCGUUGGAUCGCAAAGUCUGGAGGAGGCUCCCGCGCGAGGGAGCCCUGCAGGCUCGAUGUCGCCACGUCGAGCUGGAGCUCGAUGGGGUGAACUGCGAGCAGCGGCUCAGGCGCUUCCUCGCCGGGCUGGCUGGCCUCGCUGGGAAGUGGAUCACCGACUUGGUCUGGCCCGCCGAGGAGCACGACGGGCGGAUGGCACAUUGCGUCGAGGAGGUGUCCGAUUUCCUCGCGACGGAGCCGGUUCGUCUGCAAUCGACGAUGGAAGUAAAGGCUUCGAUGGCACAGUUGACCCGCGGGCAGCUGGGGCCGCCGAAUACCACCGCUAAGCUAGUCACUGCCCGAGCCCAAGCUCACGUCACCGAGGCCAUCGCCAGGGCCGCGGCAAAAGUUCGCGGACGCCAAGAGAAGAGCGGACAACGCGUCACCUCGCUCAAGACUCGCGCCGAUCGAGCAGAACGCUCCAUCGCCGCGGCCGACGCUCGUCACCCCUACGUCGAUAUCAACGCGCUGGGCAACUGGGAUCGGCGACUGGCGCUGAAUGCGUCUUGGGCGCGCUCGCGGAUGCCCUCGCUCACUGGCAUCUAG